GGGUCACAGUACCCAUUUGAGAGGACUUGCCUGCUCCUCUCACUCUCUGUCCUCCGCUGUUUUCCAGCAUGGUGCGCCUGUAUUUCUCUGGAGGCUCCCGGAUGGCAGCUCUGACAGUGAUGCUGAUGGUGCUGAGCCCUCCCCUGGCCUGGGCCAGGGAGAUCCGACCACAUUUCCUGGAGCAUCAUAAGGGCGAGUGUCAUUUCUCCAACGGGACGGAGCGGGUGCGGCUCCUGCAGAGAUACAUCUAUAACCAGGAAGAGUACGUGCGCUUCGACAGCGACGUGGGCGAGUACCGAGCGGUGACCGAGCUGGGGCGGACGGACGCCAAGUACUAUAACAGCCAGAAGGAGAUCCUGGAGUAUAGUCGGGCCGCGGUGGACACGUACUGCAGACACAACUACGGGGUUUUUGACAAUUUCGCUGUGCAGCGGCGAGUGGAGCCUACAGUGACUGUGUAUCCUGCAAAGACUCAGCCCCUGCAGCACCACAACCUCCUGGUCUGCUCUGUGAACGGUUUCUACCCAGGACACAUUGAAGUCAGGUGGUUCCGGAACGGCCAUGAAGAGGAGGCUGGGGUGAUCUCCACAGGCCUGAUCCCAAAUGGAGACUGGACCUUCCAGACCAUGGUGAUGCUUGAAACAGUUCCUCAGAGUGGAGAGGUCUACACCUGCCAAGUGGAUCACCCCAGCCAGACGAGCCCUAUCACAGUAGAAUGGAGGGCACGAUCUGACUCUGCUCAGAGCAAGAUGAUGAGUGGAGUUGGCGGUUUUGUUCUGGGUCUGCUCUUCCUUGCAGUGGGGCUCUUCAUCUACUUCAAGAAUCAGAAAGGACGCCCUACACUUCAGCCAACAGGGCUCCUGAGCUAAAGUGAAGAUGGUCACACUCAAGGAAGAACCUUCUGUCCCAGCUUCUUCACAGUGUGAAAAGGUUUCCUGCUUAGCGCUAACUCUUCCACAAUGAAGUACUUUCUCAGGAUCUUGUUUGCUCCUGGCUCAGUGACCCGGUAGAAACUGUCCACCUUGAUGGCUUUCUCAGUCACCCCUACCCCCCUGCCCUCAGCCUUUGACCUGGGAGUUCUCAAUACUGAUUCCAGUACCAUAUGUUCUUUCUUCCUUGGUUCCCUUUGUUUUCAACUUCUACUAUUUCCUGUGCAUCUGAGCUCAUCUUCUGUUCAUUUCACUUUAUAAUGUGUUCCUUCAAAUAAAUACAGAGUGAAAAUCAUCUGCUUCAUACAUCUUCAAAGAAAGAAGUCAAAGAAAAGAUAAAGGGAAGACUACAUCACACCACAAUAACGUUUUUAUUUAUAUUCCUGAAUUUUGGUCACCUGUGGAUCUAGAAAGUUUCCUUUCUUCCUUUAUUUUUCUCUUGGGUUUUCUGCAUUCUGUUAUUAGACAUGUUUUCCUGAGCUAGCCCUUAAUGAAUCCAUUUUCCUGAGAAAGCCCUUAAAGAACCCAUUUCAUGAUGGUCCCCUACAUCUCUGCAUUUUCAAAGACAAGUUUCUUUACACUAUUGUAUACAGAAUUGGGACAACAAAUGU